GUGAAUUUCUUUAACGGCAGGUCUAGGCGUGACGGAUGGAUCUCGGAAUAUUAAUGAAAAACAAAAAUAUAAAUGACUCCGGACAUUGGACAUGAAGAAUAAUUAAUUAAAGUAUUUUAGAUGUGCGGCAAACAAUAACCCAGUCGAUCUGGGAAAGUGGUAGUAGAAGUUUCUUACAAAUAAUCAAUGGCUAUUCAAAGUUUACUAAGCCAAAACAAACAAAACUUCGAUCUACUAACUCCUUCCUGUAAACACCUGUUGCUCUUCCUGUUAAAGAGUUUUUGUUUGAUUCUUAUACUUCGAAGUGCCAGUGCGGACUGGCUGAUGGAUUGUGGAAACUGUAACUGCAAAUGGAACUCCGGUAAAAAGACGGCCGAUUGUCGCAACUUGAGUCUCAGUGGAGUGCCAGAAUACCUCAGUCCGGAAGUUCAAGUACUGGACUUAUCACACAAUCACAUAUUUUAUCUGGAGGAGAACGCCUUUUCUACGAAUCACUUGCAGAAUCUGCAGAAGCUACUGAUACGAAAUGGAACACUGAAACACAUCCACCAGCAAAGUUUCACCCAACUGAAUAUUUUGAUUGAGCUUGACUUGUCCCAUAAUCUACUUAAAGAACUGCUACCCAAUGUCUUCGACUGUCUGUCCAAAGUGAGGGCUUUAUUCUUAAAUGGCAACCUAAUACAAACAAUACGGAGUGGGGUCUUUCGUAACCUCAAGUAUCUGCACAAGAUCGAACUGAAGAGUAACCGCCUGAUGAGUAUCGAUGUACAGGCUUUCGUGGGAGUUCCGCUUCUAUCACAGAUAUAUCUCGACAAUAAUGAGCUGAAGAAACUGAGAGUGGAAAGUUUUCAAGGGCUCAGUAAACUAACAGCUUUAUCUUUGGUCGAAAAUCCCUGGAAUUGUACCUGCGAUCUUCAGUUGUUUCGCAACUACGUUAUAGACAUGAAUCUAUAUACCCCACCCACAGCCUGCCAUUAUCCUUUGCAACUUCGUGGUCGACUGUGGAUCGAGGAUGAACCAGAGGCAUUUGCCUGUAAGCCCAAGAUAGUGUAUCCCACACUCGGUACUUCCAUCAACACUUCCAAGGAGAAUGUAACGCUGAUAUGCAGGGUGCAUGGAUCUCCCAAUACGGUCGUUGCCUGGGAUUACAACAAUCAAGUAUACGAGUCGCGCUCUAAGCCGGCAAAAUUUCAACAAAAGCAGCACAUUUAUAUAGAAAUGUUGCGGGAAAAUGAACCAAAGGUUCAGAGUUUCGGAAACCAUGUGUUCGUAUCACGUCUCACCAUAGUGAAUGCCAAGAAAAGCGAUGAGGGCAUUUAUACAUGUCUAGCUGAGAAUCCUGGAGGCAAGGAUUCGGUGCACAUAAGCGUGGUGGUGCAAAAGGACAUGCCGCGAAUUCCUUUGAUCGACACCAACAUCUUUGCCAUAAUUUGUAUGAUAGCAAUAGGAUUUCUUUGUAUGUCCAUAUUUCUGUCGCUGGUAACAUGCUUGAUUUUCAAGCGUUUCAAGCAAUUUCAUCCCAAUCAGCAUCCGUAUUUGCAACCAACCAGUUUUCCCGCCCAGGAGUUCGGAAGCGAGGAUACUAAUGGAAUUAGCGCCUUAAGCUCUGGAGUUAUUCAAGGAAGAAAAAUGGGGCUAGAUCAAUUGAAUGCUGCCAAUGGAGCAUCUAGUAAAAGCUACUCCUUAUUUAAAUCCCCAAGUUCUAAUGACAACGAAAUGUACCAAGACGAUCAACUUACAACGAGAAGAAAUGAAGGCGUGAGAUUAAAUAGAAAUAGUUACUUUGAAUACCUUGACAAUCAGGCAGCUCACACAUCAUCAGACAAUUGUGGUGUUAAAAUCAACGCAGAGCGCAAACCGAAAGACAAGCUCAAUGGGAGUCCUCAAAGCUUCGAUGUUAAGAGUUGUACGAUUUCAACAGGAAGCUCUAAAAGAACCGGCAAAAUCGAUGAACAUCAACCGGACCUUUUGUCCUCAAAUGACCCCACUGCCCUUAACAUAGUUAAAAACAAUGAAGAACUUUCGGGUCCACCAAACCAAUCAAAAAUUAAUUCCCGCAGCAAGUACAAUACCAAUGUGCAAAAGUACCUAAAGGAAAAGUACGGCAGCAUUCGAAUAAAUGAUAAUAGCAAUAAAAAGGAACGGCAGUCUCGUAGUGCCGACAUGGUCAAACCACCGACAGCUGCAAAACCACCAUAACCUCCGAUGUCAUUUGAAUUAAGUCUGUCCCCGGAUUUGGAAUCUUAAUCAUCAACGUCACACCCUACCUCUUUGAGUCCUUAACAAAAAGGAUUUAGUAGAUUCACACUUGAUACAUAAUCAAGAAAAAUGUACCUCGCCUUAUUUCUGGUAGUUAUUGAUGUAUUUUAAACCGUAAAUAUUAUAAGAAUAUUUAUUUACAUGAUUCUAAGUGUUUUAGCCCACACACUAAAAGUGAACAAAAAACGAAAUAAUAAAGUUUUAGGUGAUGCC